AUUUGUGGUGUGUCGGGGUGAUGAUGGUAACGACUAUGAUGAGUUCGAAUGCGCGGCUUCGUCCAUUCCAGCAGACAAUCGUCCGGCGGGGGUAGAAGCUCCUCUACAGCUGCAGAAGGACUGGAGACCAGUGUCACCACGAGGGGUGGUGUCGAAUCUCGCACUCUGCAUGGAGGUCCUCGGCAGUCGCGAUCUCAUCACAUUGCCUGAAUGUGAAGAACUUGGGCGAUUUUACGCAGAUGAGAUGGAGGCGGCCGAGGAGGAGGAGACGGUUGAAGACUCUAGAAUGCUCUCGAGCUCUACGGAGGGCGAUGGUGGUGGCACUGCUACUACGGUUGAGGGUGUACUAAUUGGCUGGUCGUCACCUACUAUGCAGGGUACUCUGGGUAUGUGUACGGUUUACAAUUCCUCACGAGAUUGUGAUAAUCACAACGAUGAUGAGAGAUAUGUAUCAUCGGCCACCUAUGUGAAUGAUGUGGAAUUGUAUCGCCUUUUGAGCGACCAUUUGAAGCCAGUGAAAUCGCCAUGGAUGAUCUCUCGGAAAAAGAAGGAUGAAUCGGCCCGGUCAUCACCUUCUAGAGCGAUCCGCAGUGGCGAGCAUGAGCGCGAUGUGACUUACAAUUGGGGUAUGCGUUCUCUCCUUAGUUUUCCUCUUAUUGGUAUUAUGAUAAUAUUUUCUCUCGGUGGUAUAUUUCUCUUUAAACGAUGGCACAGAGGUCCAUAUAGAAUUUCUCGAGAACGGCAAGAGUAAAUCGCAACCGUCCAGGGUUGUGGGUAUCUGCCCAUCUUGGUUUCGCUUCCCGAAAUUUGCCACCCCCGAUUUAGUCUGUAUACUAUAUUACAUCACUCCACCCGUUGCGUAUGGACAUCUGUAAACUACUAUUACUACUACUAUGCGAAUGCCAAUUUUACGGUCCUUUCGUGAAGUUGUUGCCGCCACAGUGAUUGCUGAUGAUAGUUCUUCGCUUGAAUGCGAGUUCCUUAUCAUCAUCAUCAUCAUCGUUAUUGUCAUCAUCGUAUCAUUGUACUAGUAGUAGUAGCCUAAUUCCUAAGAUACUAUCAUACCACUCAGCGGGGGUAUUCUGCUAUGUCUCUCACACGAGGGUGGUGGUGGUGGUGGUGAGAACUAAAACUACUAUUUCGCCUUCCUCCUCCUCCUCUUCCAUUUACCACCUCGAACUGUUCGACAAUGUUGGUCAGUAAAGAGGAAA